UACGCUAAAAUAAAAUUUUUAGAAAAACGUUGAAAUUCGGGCUCAUAUAUAUUGAUGUCAGUUAUACCAGGCGAAAAUUAUUAUAAAAAAGAAUUUCAUAAUUGUAAUGGAGAUUCUUCAUUCACUAAACGAACUGGUAUGAUGAAAAUUUCUCAAGAUAAAAUGAAUGAAUCAAUAUCCGAAGUCGGAUGUCUGGAUAACAAAAUAAAAGGGGAAGGAGAUAUAUUAGAAUCAAAUAAAAAUACAAAAAACAUUCAUUAUUCUAAUAAUAUUUAUUUGCAAGAUAGCUCAUUUAAUACUGACAUCCAAAUUCAUCAACUAGUCCUUUGGAGACAUCCUAUUACAACACUUAAGUUUUUUUUAUUAGAAAUUAAUCUUGGUCUUAAAAAACUUAUCAAAAAAAUUAAAAGAAAUAGAAUCAAAGUCUCCUUGUUCAUAUUAUUAAUUACCUUAAUGCUUUUAUCCUGUUAUAUGCCUGGACCUCAUCAAAAGCAUUUACAAAAUUCGAAACAAAAAAUAUUUUGGUGCGUAUAUUGGAUAGGCUUGGGCGUUUUAUCGUCGAUCGGAUUGGGCACCGGACUUCAUACAUUCGUUCUGUAUUUGGGUCCUCAUAUAGCUUCCGUCACGAUAGCGGCCUACGAGUGCAAUUCGUUAAAAUUUCCCGAACCACCAUACCCCGACGAAAUAAUAUGUCCUUCCAAACUAGCACUGACGGGCCCCAAUGGAAUGGUUUCUUUGUGGGCUAUUAUGAGGAAAGUCUAUUUGGAGGCCAUGAUGUGGGGAGCCGGGACUGCCUUAGGCGAGUUGCCACCGUAUUUCAUGGCUAAAGCUGCUCGCACUUCUGGGAGUCAACCUUUCGACGAGAAUUACGAAGUAUUCGAAGAGCUCCUGGAACAAAGAUCUCAAUUGCAAAUGAAUCAAUUGUCUUAUUUAGAUAGAGCCAAGCUGUUCAUGCAGAAUCUAGUUCAAAAUGUCGGAUUUUCUGGGAUAUUGUUAUGCGCAUCAAUUCCUAAUCCCUUGUUCGAUUUUGCCGGCAUAACUUGCGGUCAUUUUAAUGUCCCAUUUUGGACAUUUUUUGGCGCUACUCUCAUAGGCAAAGCAGUUGUCAAAGUUCACGUUCAAGAAUUAUUCGUUAUCGUCGCAUUCAGUGAACAUCACGUAGAUCGACUGGUGGCCAUUUUAAAAUAUGUUCCUUUCAUAGGUGUUUACUUGCAGUCCCCGUUUAAAGAAUAUCUAGUGACUCAGCAGGCGAAGCUGCACCGAUCUAAAAAGCAUUCAUUGCAUAGAAGCACCUGGUUAGCUUGGUGUUUCGAAAAAAUUCUCCUCAUAACCGUCAUUUAUUUCGUGAUAUCAAUCGUCAACUCUAUGGCUCAAAAAUACAAGUUCAGAUUAGAUAAACAUCGUCACAAAAAUCCCAAAAUCAAAUCUUCACACAUUGCAGAAUCGAAAAGCAAUUGAAUUCAUUUUUUUAUAAAUUUUAUCCUAAAGAAUUAGUUGAAAAGUCAUGUCAUUAUAGGAAUUAAAGAGAGGACAGCCUAAUUUGUAUAUAUUUAAAUGAAAUGUAAUUUUUGUCCUCGUUUCUUAAAUUUGAUAAAUCAUCUAAUCGAGCUUGCUUAAAGUCCUAUAUAAACCUGUCAUUUUUUAUAUUAACAUAAAAUCAUUUAUUUUAAAAAACUUUAUUAUUUACCACAAUAUUUCAUUAUACACAAUUAUUAAUCUUUAGAUUUACUUGUAAGAGAUAAAGUUCUCUAUAACAAUGACUUUUUGGGGGGCAAUAUUGAAAACUCCAACUAAUAAGAUUAUUUUUUUUGUAUAGAGGAAUAAGACAAUAUGUAUAUUAGACUUUACUAGUGAUCUGUCUAUUAAACAUUAAAAUUACAUUUUUAUAAAUAUUAAUUUAUCAUAAUUGUAUCAGAGGCCAAUUGUAACCAUAAAAUGUAAAUAAUUAUUCCUUCCAACAGAACUUUUUGCAAAAAGUAGACUACCCAUUUUUUUAAUAUUUUUUACGGUUUUUUUAAAAAAACUUCGUAGCGUUUCGUACCUGUCAUUGUUUAAAAAAUAAUUUUUUAUAUAAAAAAUAAAUGCUCACUUUUAGAAUAAUUAUU